AUGUCUGGAGAAAAAGAAGCAGGGUUUGAUGAUCAAUGGAAGCUACAUAUUCCACCUGGUUUCAGGUUUGCUCCAACUGAUGUAGAGCUGAUACAUUAUCUUCUUCGCAGGAUGAAUGGACAAUUUAUUUAUCCAGGAAUAAUACAAGAGGCCGACGUUUACGAACGUAACCCUUUUCACCUUCCAGGAAUAAACACGGAAGAGGUGUUUACCUAUUUCUUCACGAGGAGAGAACGAAAAUAUCCAAAUGGAUCAAAGGCUGAUCGGAGUACCAGAGACGGAAAAGGAUAUUGGAAAAUAACCAGCAGGAACACUGGUGUACCCAUCGAUAAGAAAGUGAAGUUGGGUAAGAAGAACACACUUGUUUACUAUGUUAAAACCCCAGAUGGCCAAAAUGAUCACAAGACCAAUUGGAUAAUGCACGAGUUUGAACUUGAUGAGAGUCUCUUUACCUCAACAUCUCGACGACCUCAAGGAAAACGGUUCAAUGAUUUCGUAGUAUGCAGAAUUUAUGAAAGGAAAAGGGGGAAAGAAGAAAACGACGAGCCAAAGGACAUGACAAAUUCUUUGAUUGGGCCCAAGCAAGUCAUGAGCCAUAACAAUGGAAAAGCAGUACUACCAUCACCAAAGCGAAAAUUCGAGCUCAUUAAUGAAACAUUAGUAACGUGUCAUCCUCAUGAUGUAGCCAUGAAGUCGAAUUAUUUAUAUAAUAGCCACCAUGAAUUACCAGCUGCUGCAAUACGGGAUAAUAAGAAAAUCAAAGAUUUUGGCCAAACGUCAAAUACUUCAGUAGCAUCACCUCAUAUAGUUGAAGAACAGAAUUCAGGGCUUAUUCAAGUGAAAACAAAAGGAAAUGAGCCACCACGAUUCAUUGAGGACCCUCAUAAUAUCAUGACAAGAAGAGAGGAGCCUAAUAAUAUUCCUUUUGAUUUAGCAGCAAAUGGUGUAGCAGUUGGUGGUGAUCCAUGGGACGUACUCAACAGGGCGCCGUCACUUGGUAAGAAUUUCAGCUACUACAUGGAAUAUUUUGGAAUUUAA